AUGAGUGCUGCUGCCGCUGGCGCUGGAGCUGGAGCUGGAUCGGAAGCGGGAGCUGGAUCAGAAGCGGGAGCUGGAUCGGAAGCGGGAGCUGGAUCGGAAGCCAGCGCUCCUGCCGAGCUGCAUGACACGUACGAGGCUCUUGAGAGAUACCACUGGGACGACGAUGUCGAGUUCCAGGCUGGUCUGAGUGCCAUCCUCGGCAGCAACAGCUCGCCUGCGCAAGCCGCCGAGCUAGCCCUGCGAGCGCGUUGCUUCUACUAUGCCAGGUGGGUAGACUGCCCAACUGCGCGCGCGCGCGUGUGUGGGUGGGUGGGUCGCAGGCUGACUGUGCGAAGAAAGUACAACACGGCUGUCGACUUUGAAGCGUACAAGGCCUACCGUGACGCCCGGGGCCGACCGCCGCCACAGACAAACGGCGUGCACCCGCUCGACUUCACCGAAGCCAGCUACGACGCGCCCAGUGGCGUGAUGCCAGCGCCCACGGACCCCGGCGAACCCCCAGCGCCCUACCCCACCACGUUCGCCCACAUCGUAGAGCUCAUCACGAGUGGGCAGCCCGUCCCCGGCAUCAGGGAGAUUCCGAACACGGUCCUGGACGGCCAAGGCACACUGCCCGAGAAGGCGAAGAGGAGAAAGCCGUGGGAGAAGGACGAGCCUGCGGUGGCUGCCCACCAAGGGCCGUGA